CAUCGGUGAAGAACAAAUGUAAUAAAUUAAUCAGGUAAUUCUUCCCUGAAAUCUGUAACAGGGUUAUUUGGGUUCAGGAAUUUUUCCUGCAUAUCCUGAUUCUAUGGAGAUUUCGUCCAGUGUUAAUUUUUCCAAGUGCUACCAACGUCUCCUUCAACUGCUUAAAUUUUGCUCUUCAAUUCGUUCCCUUGACACAACUAAGUCUCUUCAUGCACUUUGUAUCACUUUGGGGCCAAAUUCAAAUCAACCCAUCUUUUUAUUUAACAACAUCACGACAUUCUAUUCAUCACUUGGGCAUCUAUCAAUAGCACGCAAACUAUUUGACAAAAUGCCGGAUAGAAAUGUGGUGUCGUUUAAUACCAUGAUCAGUGCUUAUAGUAGGUCUGGGUAUGUAGAGGAAGCUUGGGAGUUGUUUUCCAUGAUGAGAGAUUAUGGGCUUUUGCCAACUCAGUUCACCAUGGGUGGAUUGUUAUCAUGUCAGUCAUUAGAUAUUUGUGGUGGGAGUCAGUUACAAGCAUUAGUUAUGAAGAAUGGGUUGUUUUUUGUGGAUGCUGUUGUGGGUACUGCAUUGUUGGGUUUGUAUGGAAGGUAUGAGUGUGUAAAUGAGGCCUUUAGUAUAUUCAGUGAUUUGCCUAAAAAGAAUUCUGUAACUUGGAACUCUAUCAUAUCUUUGUUUGGGCAUAAUGGGUUUGUGAAAGACUGUAUGCUUUUGUUUCGUCAGGUCCUUAAAAUGGAGUUACCCUUGACUGAAUUGUCUUUUUUGGGCAUUUUGUGUGGCUUUGAACGUGAGCAAGAUUUGGAAUUAGGAGAACAGAUUCAUAGCUUAGUGAUUAAGAAAGGAUUUGUUUGUGAAGUUUCAGUUGCAAACUCUCUACUUAGUAUGUAUGUAAAAUGUGCCCACAUUUGCUUAGCAGAGGAAUUGUUUGAGGAGAUGUGUGCUAGGGACACUAUUUCUUGGAAUAUAAUUAUUGGUGCAGAGGCAAAGAAUAAGAAUCCCAUUAAAGCGGUAGAGCACUUCUUGAAAAUGUCCAUGGAGGGAUUGGUGCCUAACUCAACUACUUUUGUAAAUGUUAUUGCUUCUUGUACUAUAUUACAUUUCCCUGUUUUUGGAGAGUCAAUUCAUGCUAAAACUGUCAAGAAUGCUUUUGAAUCAGAUGUUUUCGUUGGUAGUUCAUUGGUUGACUUUUAUGCUAAAUGCCAUAAAUUGGAAGAUGCCCAUCACUGUUUUGACAGAAUUUAUGAGAAGAAUUUAGUCUCUUGGAACACAUUGAUUUUGGGUUAUGCCAAUCACCGUCCUGGUACUGCUAGUUCUUUGCUAAAAGAAAUGCUGCAACUGGGUUACAGACCAAAUGAGGUUACAUUUUCUUCUCUUCUCAUAUUACAGUUGGCUGUAGAACUGAAACAGCUUCAUUCUUUGAUUGUAAGGAUGGGAUAUGGGCAUGAUGAAUAUGUACAGUGCUCCCUCAUGAAUUCGUAUGCCAAAAAUGAUCUCAUAUCUGAUGCCCUUGUUUUUGUUACAGCUUGUGAUUGUCCACUUGCAGUUGUCCCCUCCAAUGCUAUUGCAGGAAUAUAUAAUAGAUCUGGUGAAUAUUAUAAAACACUGAAAUUGCUUUCUACCCUUGAGGAACCUGAUACUGUAUCUUGGAAUAUUGCGCUCUCUGCUUGUGCUCGUGCUGGUGCUUACAAGGAGGUUUUUGAACUAUUUAGGCACAUGCUUAUGGCUCAAUUAUGUCCAGAUAAUUAUACAUUUGUUAGCCUUUUAAGUGCAUGUAGUAAGCUUUGCAACCUUGCAUUGGGUAGUUCAGUUCAUGGUCUUAUGGUAAAGGCUGACUUCAAUCUUUGUGAUACAUUUGUGUGCAAUAUAUUGAUUGACAUGUAUGGAAAAUGUGGCAGCCUCGAAAAUUCAGUGAAAGUAUUUGACAAAAUGAUGGAUAGAAACCUCAUCACUUGGACGGCUCUGAUUUCAGCAUUUGGAAUCAAUGGUUAUGCUUAUGAAGCAUUGGAAAGGUUUAGACAAAUGGACUCUCUAGGAUUCAAACCUGAUAGUGUUACUUUCAUUGCACUAUUUACUGUUUGCAGACAUGCUGGAUUGGUGAAAGAGGGCAUGGAGUUCUUCAGGAGAAUGAGUGGUGAUUAUGGGGUUGAACCGGAGAUGGAUCAUUUUCAUUGUGUGGUGGACUUAUUGGCUAGGUAUGGACACCUUAAGGAAGCAGAACAACUUAUUUCUAGCAUGCCUUUUCCCCCUGAUGUGAUUAUAUGGCGGAGUUUCCUUGAAGGCUGCAAACAAGAUAGAACUGUAGAGAGGUUCAAACAAUUGGACAUCUAGAUGACUAGAUGUGAAAUCAGUCCAAUAAAUUAUCUUCUCCAUUUCAGUUCUAAUUUUCAUAGUAAGUGUAAGAGGGGCUUUUAAGAGGCUUUCUAAAAGAUGAAGAGGAGUGGGGAAUGUCCAAAGGUGGAACCCUCCACCUCUACCACCAGGUCUCUGUUUUAUUAUCUCAAUUCUGAUUGGGACAUUCACAUGUCAGGGAGAAAGCGGUGCCCAGGGAUGGGUUGGAAUGUUGGAUAUUCUUCCAUCAGUAAAUGAUGAAAUUCCAAUUCCAAAUGAUGACACUGUCUCAUUGUUGGCUCUCUGUGCCUUUCUACGUUGAGGGCUUCCCUGUGGAAAUGGAAGAAUGGAACACUCCAAAUGGAGAGCCAUUUUAUGCAAAAUGUUGUAGGUAAUGGGAGACCCAUAAACUGUAAAAAUUUGAAGACAACAAUGGAGACAAUAUAGCUCAGGAUAAAAGAGCUCAGUAUAUACCUAUCUGGUAGCUUGAAUCUGCUAGGCCCAAACUUGAGGAUGGCUAGGUUAUUUGCUGCAAGACUGCUAUCCUUGGUUGCCUUUAGUGAGCUGCUGGAACAACCGCUGGGGCAGAAGAGGAUUGAGAUGCCUUCAUUUACAACAACUAUGCUCUGAAAAAACAAAGCUGGAGCUUUACAGACGAUUAUACACAAUAUCUGCAGCAGGUACUAACAAGGUUUCACCAAUACUAAAGUCCACUCUCACCCCCUGAAAAUGUCUCGACUACUUUGCUUUUUGUUGUCCCACUAAGCUUAAACGUUUAUCAGCUAUGUUGUUUAGCAUAAUGAAUCUUCUCAAUAUAU